AUGGAUGACGAACAGCCAGCGGCGGUGCCGAUUCCAACUCCAAAUGCAACGUUUCGAGACCCUAUAUCCGACGAACACCAGAUUGAACCUGGCCUCUCCUCACCACUGAGCUCCUCGCCCCCCGAUCCGACUAUCCUCGACACUCCCAGCUUAAGUGCUACAACUCCAAAAAGCCCGAAGCUCUCAAGACAUCCAUCCUUCUCUGGCAGCAGCUCUUACCAGGAUGACUGGGAUUCGCUUCCGCCCCUAGAUCGCCUAACAGUCCUAGACCUCUUGGAUAAUUUCGCGUUGCCUCAGCAGCUAGAAAAGCUUCAGAAGGGUAUUUCAGCUCAGACUGAUAAAGUACGCCGUUCCAGGGACGUACUGAAAUCAAAGACUUACAAUGCACGAAAUCGAAUGGUCGAAGAGUGGCGACGCCGAGUGCCUUCGGCAGACGAACAAUUCGAUCGCUAUCGAAAACGAAUGAGACAGCGCGUGGACAAGCUAGGCAGGCAAUGGAACGACACAAAGGCCAUCAGCUUGCGCGAGAAGAUAUCUUUCAUUUGUGGCGUUAUGAACAUCUUCAUCAGUGGCUAUCUCAUCGGCGGUCAUCCCGAAUUUUUCCACCUCUGGUACACCGCUCAACUCGUGUAUUUCAUGCCCAUCCGCAUGUUUACAUACCAUCGUCGUGGCUACCAUUACUUCCUUGCCGAUCUCUGCUACUUCGUCAACGUACUCCUCAUGCUCAGCAUAUGGGCUCUUCCCACCUCCAAGAGACUCUUUACCGCCGCAUUCUGUCUGGCUUUUGGCAAUAACGCAGUUGCGAUCAUCAUGUGGCGCAAUUCUCUGGUAUUCCACAGCUUCGACAAAGUUACAUCGUUGUUUAUACAUAUCAUGCCAUGCGCCACUCUGCACUGUCUGGUACAUCUCUACCCGCAGGAAAAACUACGAGACCGCUUCCCGGCCAUAUGGGCAAUCAAAACAGCAGAGCCCGGCUCAUCAACUGCAUACGCUAAUAUCGUAUCUAUGCUAGCGUGGAGCACCAUUCCAUACGCGCUCUGGCAACUCAGUUACUACUUCUUCAUUACAGUUCGCCGGAGAGAGAAAAUCGCCGCUGGCCGGCCAACAUCGUUUACCUGGCUUCGCCGCUCAUAUGCCAGGACUUGGAUCGGCAAAUUUGUUCUAUCCAUGCCAACCACGCUACAGGAACCCACGUUCAUGAUGAUUCAAUACGUGUAUGCUGUUCUCACUAUGCUGCCAUGCCCGCUCUGGUUUAUCAGCCGCUAUGCGUCAACCAUCUUCCUGCUGGUUGUGUUUGCCUGGAGCAUAUACAAUGGAUCUACCUAUUACAUUGAUGUUUUCGGCAAACGGUUCCAAAAAGAGCUUGAGGCCAUGAAAGCUGAAGUAGUCAAAUGGCAGACCGCCCCCGAACUCAUGCUUACCUCGCCCUUGAUGCAACCGCAGCCUGAGAGUGGGAAUGCUGACGUACAGUCCAAGAAGGCUUCCGGUACGCCUAGUCUUGGGCCGAAUGCCGUCACCGCUAGAGAUGCAAUGGCAAGAACGACAAGCCUCGACCGCAUCCCGCUUCUCGAUGAUUCUACUACCACUGCGAAUUCGACCAGCGUUGAUGGGGGAGCGCGAGACGUAGCUCGUGAGAGAAGGACCACCGACUAA